AGUUAUUCCAAUCUGUUAUUGUUUUGGGAAAGAAAAUCACUUGUAGUUAUUUGUGCUAGCGAAUAGAGGAGUUAAAAGUUGCAAAUGCCGAUGCCUGGUAUUCUACCUUGACAACGGUCGCAGAUAAGCAGUGUGCUUGAGCUGAAGGCCACGGUGCUGUAGCUGGUGAAGAAAUUUCACUCAGGCGAGUUUUCUGCGUGUUUCGAGAGUGACUAUAUUAUUAUUCUUUGCAAGGUAUCUGUGGGAUCAAGCGGUGGUUAUAACUCGAAUAUGUUUGAGUUCUGCUAUGCUGUCGCUUCUCUCAAAUAGCAGUGUGCCUUUCUCCACUUCUCUCGCCUACUAUCUUGUCUGGUACCUAAUGUGCUCAGAUUUUGGCAGACUGAUCUCUGCGUAACUGGCUUGUAAGGCCAGGUGACCACGACCUCUGAUUUCUCUGAUGUAUGAAGGAGUACUGCUCAGCAUGCCUGAGGUCCUUCUCCAUUUGGCACAUGUUUGGAAUCGGUGGCAUUAAAAGAUGGUAUAAUCAAUUAGUUGCUGCAUGAGGAAUUGAGCCCUCAUACCAUAAUACCGUGUUCAUAUUGUGAAAGGUGCACAAUAGAAAGGACUACAGCUGAACAUUUACUGAAACUUGCAAGAAAAAAAAAACAGGAGUGGUGCGUCAAAAACUGCACCUGUGUCACGUGGGCGUCGUUCCCACUCCAUCACCCUUAGGAAGUGCAUAUAAACCGUGAAAGCAACAUGACUAAAACAGGUUGAAGCUUCAGGUGGCUUACAGCUUGAAUUCACUGUUGUGCUGCACUAGAAAGGCAUGGCUAGCGUGCAAGUUAACUUACACUACCAUAGUUACUCGAAAAUAACUCGAACACAAAUAUAGGCUGACCCCUACAUAUUGACCUCGCCGAGAAAUGAAAAAUUCUAAUUUUAAUAUAGGUCGACCCAUAUCUUUUUAGAAAAACUAAGAACUUUGAACAUGACAGACCUUUAUUUAACGUAAGCUCAGCUACUAAAUCUUGCUAGUUGGUGCCACAAGCUGCAUCCUUGUCAGAACUGCCAGAGAAGUCCUCGUCGGAUGCUUUGCAGGCGUCCUUGCCAUCCCAAACUAUGUCAUCUUCGGGUGCUGUCGAGUGCAUUGGUUAUGCAGCAUUGCACAAAGCCAGACUGGCUUUAGGACAGGCGGGAAGGAAGAACUCUGUUAGCGUGUCUAGAGCUUGUCAACAAGAUCAUCGUACAAUGCCAGCUGCCCCACCCUCGGAUUGGAAAGCUGUCGGCCCUCUCCCAUCAGCUGGUCCUCAUGCUGUUCCGGGCCUGCUGUGGCCUCGAAGUGCCAGGGCUCAUCGAAAACCCGCGGACUCGUGAAGAAGAAGCACUGAACGUGCAGGCAGCUCUCAACGUACUCGUGGAUCGCGUGCUGCUGACGUCCCUGCCACACAUCGACGGCCGCGAUGUCGUUGCGUGCAACCCCCAUGUUGUGUUGGACCUGCUCGAGAUUCUCGUUGGGUGUCUCGACCUGCAGGGAGCUUCCUCGUCGUCUACGUCUUCGACGCUUUCGUCACCGGACUCGUCACUUCCCGCAUCCUCGUCGGAACGGGGCGUACGCCGUAAAGCUUGCCACCACUGUGGCGCCAACGGCAGCGCAACUGAGCCACUCGACGCCACGAGAGUCGUCCUCGGAGGAUUCCGAGACCCUGUACAGUGAGGGCUCCUGCUUUCUCUGCGACUACGUCGCUGCAAAAGCGCGCAGCGCAGCUGUUCGUCCUACGUCGCGUGCCUAUCCCGAGUGCCCGCCACGAAACCUGCCCAGCACUGAUACGCCAUCUCCCCCGAUGAGCGAUGUGACGGCGGAAUCUGGUCUAGACGAUGUCGACGCGAGGAGGUUUGCAGACGGUGCCGCGGGUUACUCUAGGUCGAAGACUGCUUUCGAGGGUAGGAGGCAGGGAAGUCCGUACUGGCUUCGUGGUACGCCAAAGCGGGAAGACUCGGAGUCGACGGAAUCCGACACCAGCGUGGAGGAAAGACUGAAGGCGACUCUGGCGGAGCUGAGGCAGCGGUUGGCAGAAGCCGACAAGCGUGCUGAUGACGACAGGCCACUACGCAAGCGACCGCGUCAGGUAAAGAAGUCAGUGCUCCUUUCGCCUUCUGUUCGUGGCAUCAAGCGUGCUGGCAGCAGUGGUACCUCCAGAAAGCGGCACCGAUCCGAAACUGAAGUGUCCCCAGAAGAUGAGUCUUCACCCGAUGCCAAUAUGUCUCCGCACGCUGAGCGCGUGCUUCGGCGCUUGCACGACCAGCAUGUGCGGUUCGCUGUGCAGUCGGCCUCAUCGGCUUCAGUUGUAGCUGUGGACGCAGAGCAGCUGCAGCGGAAGUAUGAGGAGCUUCAAGAGCGGCAUGCAAGCAAGAUAGACGCUCUGCAGAGGGACCUGGCUCGCUCCCGUCGCCUGAAUGAGCUCGAAGCACAAAGGCAACUGCACCAGACCAUCGAUGCACUUCGAGAACGACCGACGGCAGCAGGCGGCACGGCUCAAGCGGCACCAUGAUGAGCGCAACCGGAUUAUGCGCUCACGCCGGCUCUACUACAAGCAUCGGCAGCAGCAGAUGCUGCAAGAAACAUUCAAGGAGAGCAUCCGUGCACGGAAGCAGGACCUUGUUGACAUCCAAGCCACCGUGCGUGAGCGACAAGUCCGGGAGCAGGACAGGCACCAAGUCUACCUGGCUUCACUUGAAAACUU